AUGGCCGGGUACUCCAUUAGAGUGAGGAGCUUGGCCAUCUGGGCAGAGCUUGGAGUAGUAGUCCUCCACAUCAAGAGGAAUACUUUGGUCCCAGUGGUCACGGUUCAACUUGGUGAACCUGUGACUUUGCCAUGUGCUUUUUUGGAGAAAUAUCAGAGCACCACAUGGCUUCACUGGUACAAACAGAGUUCAGGAGAUACUCUGAAAUUAAUUGUGAUGCUGCAGAAAGGCUUAAGGCCCAAGUAUGGACCAGACGUCUCUGCCUCAAGAAUAAAAGCAACAAAUGAUGAUAAAUUCAGCAAUCUAACCAUUCUGAGGACAGUUCUACAAGAUGAAGGAAUGUAUCACUGUGCUCAUAUGGACUGGACUGAAUCUACUUGGACCGGGACCUAUUUGUUAGUAAAAGCAAAAUCUGGGCGAACCUCGAACUACACAGUUGUUCAGCAGCCAACAUUAUCAGAUCCAUCCCAUAAAGUGGAUUCAGAAACUCUGCAGUGUUCAGUCUUCUCUGACUCUGACAUCUCAACCUGUUCAGGAGAUCCUAGUGUAUUCUGGUUCAGGGCAACAUCAGAUAGGUCCUUCCCUGAUAUUAUCUACACUGAUGGAAAAACAUCUGAAAAUUGCGAGAAGAGAUCUGACUCUCAGAUGAGAUGUUUUUAUAACUUCUCUAAGAGCGUCAACUUCUCUGAUGCUGGGACAUAUUACUGUGCUGUGGCCACAUGUGGACAGAUAUUAUUUGGAAAUGGAACUAUCCUUAAAAGGGAUGAAACAUUUAAAAUCAACAUGCUGGUGGUCACAGUCAUCUGCCUGGUUAUUUAUGUAAUUAUUAAUAUCAUUUUCACCUGUUGCCAAACUCAAAGAUGUGCAUGUCAACAAUUUAAAGAAAGAUGGUCACAGAGAGGACAGAACUUUGGCCAAGAGAGAUAA